AUGCUCUACCUGGUUGCUCUCCUCUUGCACUGUCUCCCCUUGGCCAUGGGACAGUAUGACAUUUGCAAGUCCUGGGUGACCACGGAUGAUGGGCCGUCAUGGGAGUUUUAUGCUUGUCAACCCAAGGCCAUGCGGAUGAAGGAUUAUGUGACGGUACGGGUGGAUCCUGCAGGAAUCACUUGUGGGGACCCACCAGAGAGAUUCUGCACCCAUGAGAACCCGUACCUGUGCAGUGACGAGUGCGACGCCUCCAACCCGGACCUGGCUCACCCACCGAAACUCAUGUUCGACAGCGAGGACGAAGGGCUGGCCACGUACUGGCAGAGCGUGACGUGGCGCCGGUACCCGGAGCCACUGCUGGCCAACAUCACGCUGUCCUGGAACAAGAGCAUCGAGCUGACAGAUGACAUCGUGAUCACCUUCGAGUACGGCCGACCCACCAUCAUGAUGCUGGAGAAAUCGCUGGACAAUGGGAGGACUUGGCACCCGUACCAAUAUUACGCAGAUGACUGCAUGGAGGCCUUCAGCAUGCCAGCACGGAGGGUCCGGGACCUCUCCACCACCAGUGCCAACAGGGUCCUCUGCACAGAGGAGUAUUCCCGCUGGGCGGGCUCCAAAAAAGAGAAGACUGUCCGGUUCGAGGUGAGGGAUCGCUUUGCCAUCUUUGCUGGCCCCGACCUCAAGAACAUGGACAACUUGUACACCCGGCUGGAGAGCGCCAAAGGGCUGAAGGACUUCUUCACCGUGACUGACCUGCGGAUGAGACUGCUGAGACCGGCCCUGGGGGGCACCUACGUGCAGAGGGAGAACUUGUACAAGUACUUCUAUGCCGUCUCCAACAUUGAAGUCACCGGCAGGUGUAAAUGCAACCUCCACGCCAACCUGUGCACCUUCAAAGAGGGCAGCCUUCAGUGCGAGUGCGAGCACAACACCACAGGGCAGGACUGCGGCAAGUGCAAGAAGAACUUUCGCUCCAGGUCUUGGCGAGCAGGAUCCUACCUGCCUCUCCCCAACGGGUCCCCCAACGCAUGUGCAGCUGCAGGCUCAGCCUUUGGCAACUGCGAGUGCUACGGCCACUCCAACCGCCGCAGCUACAUCGAUUUCCUGAACGUGGUGACCUGCGUGAGCUGCAAGCACAACACGCGGGGCCAGCACUGCCAGCACUGCCGCCUGGGCUUCUACCGUAACAGCUCGGCAGAGCUGGACGACGAGAAUGUGUGCAUUGAAUGUAACUGCAACCAGAUCGGCUCCAUGCACGACCGCUGCAACGAGACCGGCUACUGUGAAUGCAAAGAAGGUGCCACGGGGCCCAAGUGCGACGACUGCCUGCCCAACUACUACUGGAGACAGGGCUGCUUCCCCAACGUCUGCGACGAUGAGCUCCUGCUCUGCCAGAACGGUGGCCCCUGCUACCAAAACCAGCGCUGCAUCUGCCCCGUGGGCUUCAAGGGGGUCCUGUGCCAGCAAUCCAGGUGCGAAGCUGACAAAAAGGACUGCGACGGUGCCCCCAGCGCGCACAGCAGCCUCGGCACCGUCCUCCUCGGGGUGCUCGCCCUCCAGCUGCGCGGCUGGGUGGACCUC